AGGCGGCUGUCGGUUGACGACACGCUCAGGCUCCUGCACGGCCUGGGCCAGGCAGAGGUGGGCGCCGCGGCGUGCCACUACGCCAUCCCGCUGCUGCGGGGCCGCCUGGAAGAGCUGGACACGCCGCGGCGGCUGGUGCGCGCGGUCGAGGCCCUGGGGCAGUGCGCCGACCUCGUCGGGAGGAGCCACCGGUGGGCGCUGGCGGCCCUGUGCGAGCUGCUGGUUGCCCGCAUGGUGGACUUCCGGGCCGAGGACGUCACCGCCGUGGCCGUCGUGUUCCCCCGGCUCCGGGUCGCCGACGAGGCAGCGCUGGAGGCCGUCGCGCGGCAGGCGCUGCGGCAGAAGCCGGAGCGCCGGCGCAGGGCGGCGGCGGCCGCGCUGCGGGCGUGCGAGGCCGCGGGCUUCCAGCACCGCCUGGUGGGCGAGCUGCGCGGGAGCGCGGCGCGCCCGGGGCGCGAGGCGGAGCGGAGCUCGCCGGAGGCAGAGGGCGGCGCGGAGGAGGGUGGCGCAGAGGGCGGCGCGGGCGGGGCGGCGGCGCCCGCGCCCGAGGCGUGGGGGGACGCCCUGGAGGACGCGCCGCUGUUCGAGGAGCCGUGGCUGGAAGUCGGCCGUGCCGGCGCCAGUGUCAGCAGCAGGGCGCCCCCGGGCAGCGCCGCCGGCAGCGCCGGCGCCCCGGGGACGGUCGCGGCGGCGGGGCCAGGCGCGGCCUCCGCGCCCCCCGCGGCGGAGCUCGCGCUCGCAGGCGCUGGCGAGCUCGCGGCAAGCCAGGCUCGUGAGCAGGAGGACAAGGCCAUGCGCAGGCUGCUGCGGGACGUGGACCGCCAGGUGCUCCGGCCGGCAGGCUUCCGCGGAGAGGGUUUGAUGACGCCAGCCCGGCAAGCAGGGGGGCGCGCCGGCGCAAUCGCGGCGCGCGGCCCCGUCCGGGCGAGGCGGAGGUAG